CUUUCCGAAGCAUUUCAGGGUCGUCCUGGCAACCAGCUGCUCAGCCAAUCAGCGCUUGACACUACGAUCCGCCCCCAACUUCUGGAGCCAUGGCGGUGAGAAGAGCCCUGAUUGUAUUGGCCCACGCAGAGAGGACAUCAUUCAACUAUGCCAUGAAGGAGGCUGCUGUGGAGGCUCUGAAGAAGAAAGGAUGGGAGGUGGUCGAAUCUGACCUCUAUGCUAUGAACUUUAACCCCCUCAUUUCCAGAAACGACAUCACAGGGGAGCCGAAGGACUCGGAGAACUUUCAGUACCCUGUUGAGUCAUCUCUGGCGUAUAAGGAAGGCCGCCUGAGCCCGGAUAUUGUAGCUGAACAGAAAAAGCUGGAAGCUGCAGACCUGGUGAUAUUUCAGUUCCCAUUGUAUUGGUUUGGGGUGCCCGCCAUUCUGAAAGGCUGGUUUGAGAGAGUGCUUGUAGCAGGAUUCGCCUACACGUAUGCCACCAUGUAUGACAAGGGUCCUUUCCAGAAUAAGAAGACCUUGCUUUCCAUCACCACCGGGGGCAGCGGCUCCAUGUACUCUCUGCAGGGUGUCCACGGGGACAUGAACGUCAUUCUCUGGCCAAUUCAGAGUGGCAUUCUGCGCUUCUGUGGCUUCCAGGUCUUAGAACCUCAACUGGUGUACAGCAUUGGCCACACCCCACCCGAUGCCCGCGUGCAGGUCCUGGAAGGGUGGAAGAAGCGUCUGGAGACUGUCUGGGAGGAGUCACCACUCUACUUUGCUCCAAGCAGCUUGUUUGACCUAAACUUCCAGGCAGGAUUCUUACUGAAAAAAGAGGUUCAAGAGGAGCAGAAAAAGAACAAGUUUGGCCUUUCUGUGGGCCAUCAUUUGGGCAAGUCCAUUCCAGCCGACAACCAGAUCAAAGCUAGAAAAUAAGGUUUUCCAUACCAUGUAGUUAGACCCAGGUUUCUUUUUCCCCAGUUUGCCUGGCUUGCUUUCAGUUUUCGCCUUUGUUCCACAAGGAUAGGAAAAGGAGGAGGCUCGCCUCAUGCGUUUUUGGAUAGUUCUGCCACGGCUGUGACAGCAAAAUGAACGAGGUCAGAUUAGGGGCCUCAGGUGGCCUGGGAUAUGAAUCAGGGAGAGGUGUAGCCGCGAGCGGGGAAAAUACUCUUCUAGGUCUUUUGUACACUAUAAGCUUUUUUCUUCGGGCUAGCCCUGGCUAAAUGGCAUCCAAUCCUCCACCCACUUGUUGCUAUUAGUUACCUCUCUGUGGUUUAGGGCAGGAGGGAAUUGCUCAAACAAUGGCUGAGGGACUAACUUGUUUAGCAGUUAGCUAAAGCCUGUUUAUGAUCCAUCCUGGUUUCAAUUACUGUGCAGUGACUGACAAGCCUCGGGGGAUUGCUCUCCAGCUCUUCUCUGCCUUGUACAUAGCACACCCAGGUCCUGGGAAAUGAAUACAAAAACAGGUCUCCGCCUCA